GACGAGACAGGAUGGUGGCGAAGGCGGCGGCGGCGACGGCGGCUCGAAGGCGAGAGGCGGUAACGCGCGUGCGUGGCCGACGUCGUCGUGCGACGCAGCAGCGACGUAGCGACGUCGACGUCGACGAGGACGAGGACGAGGACGAAGCGGCGGCCGAAGAUCGCCGAGUGGACGGCUACGCGGAGAGAGACUACGGCUGGCAUGGUGUGGGCCGCAGCAGGGCCACAGUGUUUGAAAAGUCGGCACCACGCACGAAUCGUGUUACGCGCGACGCAGAGCCACGAAGCUGCGUCGUCGAAUCGCGCUCGGCUGGCCUCCGAUCGAGUGCUCCGUCGAGCGCAGCCAAGAAACGCGAAUAAUAACCAGCCGGCCGUCCGAUUCCAGAUCGAUCGAAACUUACGUGGGCCGGGAAACUCUCGCCACUGCCCGCGAAUCGACAGUUACAACUUAUCAUCGUUCGAAAAGUCGUGGCACGUGAACGGACAAGAGCAGUAUCGUGGUCAAACUAUAUAACCGCGAGUGGUCAUAGUACGCGAGUUGCCAAUGAGAAGCAGCGCUAGGUCGAGCGAGGAAAAGCCGAGACGACGGGGGAUCCAAAAGGAGUUGGUCGGCGAAAGGGAUAUCCUCGAUACGAUCGGCAGGAUACUCGUGGAUCUUGGAACUACGACGAUUUAUGGGGGACUUUAGCGCGGCGAGUCUCUUCCCGAGUAGUAGUUUGUCAACCACGAGCAAAUCAUCGAUCGGGGGCAACAUCGCGAGCAGUACAGCCGGCGUAACGAUAACGGGCACGACAUCGACGAUGCAGGACGAUUUGUUGAUCGAGAAGCAAGCCGGUGGCAAAGCAGCGCCUCUAUCCCCGAACACCGGCCUGGAAACGGUCGGGGGCCAGGAGAAGGCGAAAGACGCGGUCGAGGUCGAGAGUAUCGCUAUCACGCCGACGACGCCCUCUUCAACCGAGAAGGAGAUCGCGUGCAGCACAAGCUCGGCACUGCAGAGUUUCACCGAGGCCGGUAGAGUGCCGAGCUUAUGGUCGGCCCCGGAUGAGACGGGCCUCCACGCGUUACCUGUCAACGGAUCCAUCGCCGCCUUUCAGAACUUUCCGACCGGCGGCCCGACCGGCUUGUUCGCCGGUAGCGGGCCGGCCGUGUCGGCCGGCGCGCGUCGCGCUAUCACGGCCAGUCACAAUUUCCCGCAACAGCACGGAACCGCGACCGCCCCCACCGCCAGGCACGGCGGCCUUCAAGUGUCGUCCGCUCAACAACAACAGCAGCAGCAGCAACAGCAGCAACAACAGCAACAGCAGCAGCAGCAACAGCAGCAGCAACAGUCGCAACAGCAGCAGCAGCAACCGCAUCAACAGCAACCGGCAGCUACCUCGCAUCCGGGUGUUUACCUUCCGGGGAAGGGUUACGCGGCCUGGUCCGGUGGGCCGCAAGCGCCUCAGCAAUGGAGCGCUGGGCCGCAGGCUGCCGCGGUCGCGAGCCCCGGUCUCUCGCCCUGGAAUCGUGGCAGAUCGGUACCCAAUCUUCCUCCCCUGCACUCGUCCCUGCACGCCGCGGCCGCGGCCGCGGCCGCUGUUGGAUUGCAAGGAAGGAAACCGAGUCCCACGUUUCCCGGCCAUCCGGGGCCGGCGGCUCAUCCCUCUUGCAUCAGCCCUGUUAAAUUUCGAAGGAGCACCUCGUAUCCCGGCAAGGGUAACAUGUAUCCGCCCCAACCCGCGCCCACCUUCGAAGUCACCACCGCCGAAGAGAGGGAUUUGUUACAGCUGCCACCGUUUCAGCAGGAUCGCAUGACAGCUAAUGGAAACUCACCACUGGACAAUAUGAGAACGUUAGAGCAUUAUUUGAGCGACAUUAUGCGGGCUGGUACAGCAGAUACUCCGGAACACGUGAAAGGAUACAUGAACUGCAAUGCCAGCACGCUGCAAUCGCUCACGCAACUACACGGCAAAUCACCGUUCUUCCCAAGUUUGGAGGAUCAGAGCGGCACGCUGCUAGAGGAUCCUAACGCGCCGAGCCAAUUGGAUGGCGUCGGUGGAGUCGGAGUCGGGGUCGGUGUCGGUGUUGGAGUCGGGGUCGGAGUGGGUGUGGGUGUCGGCGUGGGCGUCGGUGUUGGGGUCGGCGUCGGUAGCGGAAUAACUGGAUCUCAGACGGCACCGCUUUCCUCCCCUAGUCGGAGCAGUCCUCACAGUCAAGGCAGUGAAACCGGAGAACGCUUCUCUAGGAAAGUGUUUGUCGGUGGCCUGCCACCGGACAUCGACGAGGAGGAGAUCAAAGCGAGUUUCCGCCGUUUCGGAUCGUUGGUGGUCGAUUGGCCUCACAAAGCUGAAAGUAAAUCUUACUUCCCACCGAAGGGCUACGCUUUCUUGCUUUUCCAGGACGAAGCGUCCGUGCAACAGUUGAUCGACGCCUGCAUCCAAGACGAAGAGAAACUGUAUCUGUGCGUCAGUUCGCCAACAACGAAAGACAAACCGGUUCAAAUACGGCCGUGGCGAUUGAGCGACGCGGAUUUCGUGCUGGACGCCUCGAUGCCUUUGGAUCCACGGAAAACGGUAUUCGUCGGUGGUGUUCCCAGACCGUUGAAAGCUGUCGAGCUGGCGAUGAUCAUGGACCGACUUUACGGGGGCGUGUGCUACGCCGGUAUCGACACCGAUCCCGAGUUGAAGUAUCCGAAGGGAGCUGGUAGGGUCGCUUUCAGCAAUCAGCAAAGCUAUAUAGCUGCCAUAUCGGCCAGAUUCGUUCAGUUACAGCACGGCGACAUAGACAAAAGAGUCGAGGUCAAACCGUACGUUCUGGACGAUCAAAUGUGCGACGAGUGUCAGGGACAACGUUGCGGUGGCAAGUUCGCGCCUUUCUUUUGCGCGAAUGUUACCUGCCUACAGUACUAUUGCGAGCACUGUUGGGCGACGAUUCAUUCACGGCCGGGUCGAGAAUUUCAUAAGCCGUUGGUGAAAGAGGGUGCAGAUCGACCUCGAACCGUGCCGUACCGCUGGUGUUAACCCCAGCUGCGUUGUCCCUAAUUAUCUCGCAACCCUAGCUAAUUAACUACCACUUCUACGUACCAACUCCUCCUCCUCCUCCUCCUCCUCCUCCUCCUCCUCCUGCUCCUCCUCCCCCUACGAGAACCCCUCCUACCGACCGCUGUCACCCACCCUGCCAUUCAUUCGAGAACCCCCCUGGCCCGUCCGACACCUCCGUCUCACCCCCAUGCUCGCAUACCUACCUGCCUUCGGGAGCACAGCCCGAAACCGUUAUUACCGCUACUUACCCACUGAUCGUCGGUACUAUCGCUAUUCUAUUACUAUCGCUAUUAUCGCUCUAUUAUUACCAUUAUUACCACGCUCUAUUAUCGAAACGAAUCACUAUUAUUAUUCCACUAUGAGUUUAUUUUUACUCUCCAAUCCACUAUUGCUACUACUGGACGUGUUUACUCGGCGUGCACUAACCCGGUCGCCUUCGCCAUCGCCACCACGGCCGAGACCGUCAUCGUCGUAACCCCACCGCAGCCACCAUCGCCAUCGCCAUCGCCAUCGCCAUCGCCAUCGCCGCCGCCUCCACCGUGUUCCACCAUCGGCCGAACGACGUCUCGACGACACGCAUCGCACCGACGACAACUUUCACCGACAACUUUCGUCUCUCCCAAGUUUGUGCCGUGCACAUAUACAAUAUACACAUCGUACACACGCAUACACAUACACACAUACCGAGCACCGACCGCCCACCGAGAGGAAAGCAGCAGCGGUUUAGCAGCGGAGGGAGGGAUGCUGAUCGGCGACCGAUACAGCGGCUCGUCGUCGAUGGGACGGGGCAACGGCGCGAGCGAGCUGAUUCCUCGAGCGGGAAAAAAAAAAACAAUGGAACGAGGUCGAGAAGCGACGAAGAGAGAGAGAGAGAGAGAGAGAGAGAGAGAGAAAAUGAGAGAGGGAGGGAGGGAGGGAGGAACGUCGAGGACAGAAGAGGAAAAAGAAGAAGGAACAACGGAGCAUCGCCCUUCCCGACCGACCGAGAUGGAGCAUGCGUUAGUUACCGACAUCGAUAUCGAUGCACGCUUGUAUACAGAUACGUAUGUGUGUAUACGUAUACACGCGUGUAUUUAUCUAAUAUAUAUAUAUAUAUAUAUCAUAUAUAACAUAGGUAUUAUAAAUUCGUAAAAUGGCCACGAUUCGCGGCUCUCUAUCUCUCUCUCUCUCUCUCUCUCUCUCUCUCUCUCUCUCUCUCUCUUUCUCUCACUCUUUCACUCACUCUUUCGCGCCGAGCGGGAAACGAAAGAGAGUUUCGAGUCGCGGAUCGUCUCUUCCAAAUCGUGGACGUGAAACGGGAAGACACGUUCCAGGAGUUUUCCCUCCUCGCCUUCGUUCCUUGCUCCGUCCGCUCGUCCCCUCUCUCUCGAUCGCGGCGCUGGAUCGAUCGGUUGAAGGUCGAUCGCGCAUCGCGACCGAGCAGGGACGCGCGCGACAAGCGGAGGAAUGAUCGUUCUCCUGCGAGAUUUGCCUAUCCCGAGAUAUUUUCGGGCAAACGAAAUACCGUAAUCUCCUCCUCUGAUUCUUCUACUUCUUCUUGUUCUUCUUGUUCUUCUUUUUCUUGCGAUCUUUCACUUUUCGUCCACUUCGAGACUCCAAGGGCCAAGAGGCAAAGAAAGAAAAUCGGAGAACGGGGGGAGGGAGGGGAGGGAGGGGAGGGGAGGGGAGGGAGGGGGAACGAAGCGCCAGGGCAGUUGUCCCUUCCUUUCGUCGAUCGUUUGGCGCCACCUCGAUUGAGACACGAGCCGAAGGAGGGAUAUCGAAGCGGGAAUUGAGUGAAACGCCGUGUGGCAACGCCAAGCGGCGAGCAGCUUGCCCUCUCCUCGAUGAAAGGAUGCGGCCGGAUCGUUUCCGGAAAUCGGGGCCGUGUACGAUUAAAAUGUACGUGUGUGAUUCGAAAUGGGAUAAGAGGUGAUAGCGAGUACCUGAUUCGAUGACGCGAAACUGCAAGUUUAAGAUUGGUGGAGCGUGAAAGAGAGAAUGGAGAGAGAGAGAGAGAGAGAGAGAAAGAGAGAGAGAAAAUGAUCGAAUGACUGGUGGAGAAAGAUGGAAAAUUCGUGUACGAAUUGGAGUCUGCGCGAACGAAUGAAGAGAGAAGAGAGGGGAAGGAAAAGAUAGGAAAGGCAGGAAAUAUUGGGGAAAAGAAAAAUGGUGGCCGGUGGAUAAACGCGUAAAAGUGGUAUUAAUAAUUAUAACGAAAGAGUUGGAAGGUGAAAUUUUAGAUAAUGGAAAACAUCCACGCUUCGAACCGCUGUAUAUUAGACGAUUAUCUGUAUCACACAAUCUUUAGCUUUUAAGAAAUUAUUGGAUAUGUCGGAUAGGUGCGUUAUAUAUACAUACAUACAUACAUACAUACAUAUAUAUAACACACGUACACACACAUACAGACACACACAUAUAUAUAUAUAUACACACGCGUUUAUCGCGACUCGCGCUCGUAGGCAACAUAUUUGAGCGAAACGAAUGAUUUUUUACCGAUUAACUUGUUCGAGUGCGGGCAUAAUAGUGAACAAAAAAAGUAUCAUUAGAUAAAAUGGAAGAGUGGAUGGAAAGGUGGUAGUAGAAGACGGAGAUGGCGAACGGGAAUGGAUAGAUAGAGGACAGAAAAAAUUUAAGAGGGAGUGUAGAGUAGAGACGCGUGAAUGUGUGAGCGUUUGUGUCCAUGCGCAUGCGUGUAAGGGGGAAGCGAGAGAGAUUGAUCGAGAAAGAAUAAGAAGGAAGAGGAAGAAUGAACAGGGGGCUUAGAGAGGCGAAGUAGAGAGAGAAACGGGAUUCGAACGGACGUUGAAAUGACGAUUAGUCUAAUUCGCUUGACGCGCCGUUACGCGUUGAGUACACGUUUAACCGUACCAGAUCCUCAGCCAAUACUUGAAAUCUUUACCGAGCGACCUUUCCAAAAGAAAGAUAAGAUAAACGAAAAAAAAAUAAAAAAGAAAAAGAAAAAAAAAGAAAGGAAGAGAGAAAGAAAGAAAAGGGGAAGAAGGAAGAAGGGAGAAAAACGAGGGAAUGAACCUCGCACAGGGUCGUACCUCGUACCAGACUGCUACUCGUUUUCAAAAGAAAAAAAAAAAAAAGAGAGAGUACAAAAUGAAAUGAACGGUCGCGUCGAAACUUGGAAGUCAAGGAAGAAGCACCGAAGUGAGAGCGAAGAAAAAAGAGAGAGAGAGAGAGAGAGAAAAGGAUGGUUCGAUCUUACGAAAAAGAAAAAAAAACGAGUCAAAGGGGACUAAUUUCGGCCGUGAAUCUGGAAAAACGAUCAUUAAGAAAGAAAGAAAGAAAAAAAAAAAACCUGGUUGAAACGUAAAAUGAUUCUACGUACCUGGGCCUCCGCGUUUCUUUUUUCGAAUAACGAGCGGUGAAAUAAUGUCUCUCCAGUGGAUCUAAAACACACUAAAACUACUUGAAACGAGUCAACCUCGCGAACCGAGAAACGGGGGAAAAAAAAAAAAACGCUCUCCUCUAGAGCGGACAUUUUCUUGACAGAGAAGAGACUUGGCGACCGAGCUCCUAGCAAAUUACUCUUCAUACGUCCGAUAUAAGAGAUUCGAGGGAAACGCGUGCAAGGAUUAAAACAUUCUUUUCGCGUGAGAAAUCAAUAGAAUAAAGAAAGAAAAGAAAAAUAAUAAUAAUAAUAAUAAUAAUAAUAAUAAUAUUAAUAAUAAUAAUAUUAAUAAUAAUAAUAAUAAUAAUAUUAAUAAUAAUAAUAAUAUUAAUAAUAAUAAUAAUAAUAAUAAUAAUAAUAUUAAUAAUAAUAAUAAUAAUACUGCAUGGGUUCCUCCUGUGUAGACACCGAUCCUUCUUGUACCGAUACGAUCCGCGUUAAACGGCUGUCGCGAUGCACGUUUUUUCUUAAUCCUAACGAAUUUCUUCGCUCGAUGUAUAUAAUCAAAUAACUCAAAUGAAUGCAAUCGACGUAGUUCAAAUGAAAUCUCAUCUCGACGGAGACACGUUUAUUAAUAGGUUCUAUUCUUCGAAGGAGGAACAGAGGGUUUUUCUCGGUGGAAAAAAUAUAUUCUCGAUGUGUCGUUUCCAACACGUGAAUCGUCUCUUGUUGACUUGUGUUAUCGUCCUCUUAUCUUUCCAUCUAUCGGAACACCUAUCUUACUUUAAUCGCCUCUUUAUUUUAUCCCCUUACAAACGAAGUGUUGCAACGUAUCGAAGAGAAGAAGAGAGAAGAAGAGAGAGGAAGAGAGAGAGAGAGAGAGAGAAGAAGAAGAAAGAAAAAGGAAGCGGAAAAAAAAAGAAGAGAAAUUGUCUUAUUUCGAUCGAUCCCGGGCAAAGUGACGAUGUAACGGUGGAAACGGCACGGGUGAAUAGUCAGUAUGCAACGUUAUGUGUUCCGCUUAAUAGAUGGACGUUUUAUACGUAGCAGCACCGUAAGUUGAAACCAUAAGCUCGUAGAUUAACCUCGCACGACGAGUAUCUUUAACGACACGCUUUCGCGUGUUAUGCAAAAUAAAAUACACGCGAUAUACACGUAUACACAUAAACAUAUAUAUAUACACAUACAUAUAUACAUACAUAUAUACAUACAUACACACACGCACACACACACACACAUAAUAUAUACACGCAUACCUACGACAUCAUAAAUUUAGUCAUCCGAAAAUGAAUCGGUAAAAAAAAGAUGAUCGUGGAUUAAUCGACGACGUACCUUGCGUACGCUUAGUAACGAGGAAUGAAUAAACAAAAAAAUAAUUUCCACAUCUAUAUAUAUAUACAUAUAUAUAUUUACAUAUAUAUUUAUUUUUUUGGUACUCUUUUUGUAUAUACGUGUCGCCAUAGAUUAGGUGACGAUCUAGGAUCCGCACGAGAUACGAGAUAUCCGCGUGAGAGAACAGAGAGCAAAAAACCAAGGGAGAUGAGGGGAAAGAAUGAGGGGGAGUGAUAGUAAGAAAAUGAGAAAGAGGGUGAAAAAUCGACACGUGUGAAUGUGUGCAAGGUGUGAAAAAGUGAGAGAGAGAGAGAGAGGAAGGGAGGAGAGAUGAUUAAUCGCAUUAACUUUCCGUCCUUUCGUUCACACGAAUUUCCACGAUUGAACUUGAAAUACCGAUUCAUCGUAUCCCGUUUGAUACAAGCACGCCAUCGGACGAGAAAAUUCAACAAGAAUAAAUGGAGGAAUAAGAUUCACAUCCUGUAUACGCGAAGGAGGACACGUUCGACGAAAGAGGAAUAGAAGACGGCAUCCUAUCCUUUCCUUGAUAACGAUCAAUCAAUCAAGAGCAAGGAAGAAGGGGGAGAAAUUCUGUGAACGAAAAGACGCGAAUGAGAUAUAAGAGGGAAGAUAAGAAAGGAAAAGAAAGGAGAAAUGGAAAAAGCAAGACUUGGCGAAACAAGAGGACAAAGGGAAGAGGAUUUUUAGUUAGAGUAAUUUUUCGACGCUCGGCACCGUUCUCGCGUGGACGAGAAGCGAUGAAACGCGGCGCGGCUAGGAUUAGCGCGAGAUAGCGGCCGCGAUUCACGCGUCUCGGCAACGUCGCUAUCUCACGGAUAAAUUUAUUAAACGCAUAUACCCAACGCAACGUAUAUGUGUGCAUAUAUAUAUAUAUAUAUGACGCGGUGCAUUCGAGAUAAUUUUUCCCAUUGCUUCGAUGAAACGCGUUUACGCUCGACGAUUCGCUCGACGAUCCUCGAUCCAUCGAAAAGUGUCUCGUGAAAAGGUUUCGAGACUCCGCGUACCACCACUUUCGAUCGCGGCGCGACGAGAAAAAGAAACGCGUGAGAAUUCGUUUAUUCUCAUUGGUUAUCGUGACGCUGUCUCUCCGUUUCUCGCCACCAAUAUUGAUUUCGAAAGAAUCCCUUGGAAGAAGCGUGGAAAAACGGCGACGAAUCUUUUUCUUUUUUUUUUCUGGAGCCGUGUCAAUCGACGCGGACGAGAGGGAAUCGAGGGUCAGCGAAACAGAGAGAGAGAGAGAGAGAGAGAGAGAGAGAAGUCGAGCAGUCGGCGAGCGACGGCUUCGAAGGGAUCGGAAAAAUUCUUCGUCGCGAUUAGUGCGAUGCGAGGUUGCCGCGGCUCAUAUAUAUACUAGGUGAAAAUUUGCAUCCCGUAAACGAGCACGAAACGAUACGCGUUCGAAACGCUUUCGCGCGCGGCCACAGGCUCGUAACCACACCGACACACGUAAACGAGACCAACACUUAUUAGACACACGAUCUCGUUCGUGCACGGACACGUUCUCCCCACUAAUCGAUCGAUAUAAUCGUAGUGAAACUUAUCUAGGUACCAAUUCACCUAAAUCAAUUGAUAAUUAAAAAAAAAAAAAGUAUAUAUAUAUAUGUAUAUAUGUGUAUAUACAUAUAUAUAUAUAUAUUGAUAUACAUAUAAUAUAUAUAUUAAUAUAUAUUAUAUAGAAAGUAGUAUUGUUCCGAUACUCGAUCGCGAACCGAGUAUUUGGGCAAGAAUCGAGAUCGAGAUUUUUCUAGACAAAUUUUUCUAAUCGUUGACGAAUCGCGCGGUGUUCUUCCACGCAUCAAAUCGUGGAGACAAUCUCCUUCUAUCGAUACAUACUCGCGUAACGCAUCCGUAGAAAAUUCUUUAAAUCGUUUUUACGCGGCAAACGGACGCUCGAAACGAGGCGGUAAUCCGUGUCAGAAUUAUUUAUAAUUAUCCCGCCACUUUUCACUAAACGAAUUUUUUCCCCUCCCCAGAGCGGUGUCUUACGUUCUGGCACGGAUCGUAUCGAUUCCCGCGCGCAUGCGUAUAUACGCGUACGCGUGCAUAUACACGAUUCUUCAAUAUAUAUAUAUAUAUCUAUAUAUAUGAUAUAUAAACACACAAUAUGAAAACGUGCAUGCAUGUUUUUCGUACCGCGGAAGUAUAGUCGCUUUUCUUCGAAAACGUUAACCAAGAGAUGAUGAUGUCUUUUUCUAGGCAUCGAUCUCGGGUUCGCGAAACGCGAAAUACCUGCGUGGUUUGGAUCAUACGUUUCGAUCAUACCAUGAACGGUGUGAAUACGCGAACGGUGAGACAAUUAUUAGACAAUUCAAGACAUUUUCCAAAUAUUUCCGUGUCCGCCGAUAUCGAAUCGAAACGAUUUAUUUCAUCGUUUCGGACAGUUUGGACAGUUUGUUUUUGUACGUGGUAGAUAGUGAUUUAGGCCAAUUAGGAAAUUUUAAUUUGAAUAUUUUUUAGACGUGUAAUUUUUUUCUUUCUUUCUUUUUUUUUUUUUUUUUAAUUUCUCAUCGCGAAAUUGUUGUGUCGAUGAGGUAAUCGUUCUGGGAAGAUUAUUCUCAACGAUUCGAAAUGUGGAUUUGUAGGAAAAUUAUUUCGCGGAUCUUUGUUCGAUCGUAUUCGAGAUAUUUCACGCGCGGCGAUUGAACAAUUCGCCACGAACGAACAUAUCGCUCCUCCGGAACUUACCGGAAGUGAAGUGGAUAUACACGCGUGAAAUUUUUGAAAAUUUUUUUCUUCUUCUCGAUUGAAUAAACGAAAAAAGAGCGAAACUGUCCGCAGAUGAAGCACGUUGUUCGUUCGAAAUACACGAAGCCGCGAUUUAUUAAUGGGAGGGCGGGGGUGGGAUGAAACCGCGAGAAAGUAUGGAUAAAGGAAACCGCGAUUGUAGUCGCCCAUAGCGAAAUUUUAUACGUAAGAACGUGCACGCGUACACACGAUGAAAACGCAUCCGCCGAUGAUGGCGCGCUAAGAAUUUAAAAGGGAGAGAGAGAGAGAGAGAGAGAGAGAGAGAGAGAGAGAGAGAGAGAGAGAGAGA